AUGCCAAAGGGAAAAGGAAAAGGUGGCAGUGGUGGUGGAGGCAGUGGUAGUGGUGCAAAAGCCACCGCCGCUGCCUCGGGUUCGGGCAGCAAGAAAGGCGAUGCUGCUGAAGGCACUUCGAAGGCUUCCUCCAAGGGGGGCAACUCCGUUAAGGUAAGCCGUUGGUCUCGCUCUACUCUCGUUCUGCUAGUGAUUUCAAGUCAUUUUUUUAUCAAUUAUCCUGUUAGUUCCAUUUGUGUUUUGCAAGAAGUGAAACGUAGUGACCUUGGCUAG